UCUUUGGUUUGUUAGAAUAUUUUAUCUAUUAAUUAGCUAUGGGAAAAGAGAAGUCAAAAAAACGUCGACGAUCCUCAUCGUCCAGUUCUAGUUCGAGCAGUUCGGAUUCCUCACAGGAGAAAAAGAAACUUCGCAAGUUAAAGAAGAAAUUGAAGAAAGAGCAAAAGAAGACAGAGAAAAUUCUCAAAAAGAAGUUAAAGGAGGAAAAGAGAAAGAUGAAGAAGACACAGCGCAGCAAGAGCCGGAGCCGCGAAACGUCAGCCAGUAAGCAAGAUGCGGCCGCUGAUAUACCCAUAGAGUUAAUGGAGAAGUCCAAAGCGAUGGCACCAAUGACAAAAGAGGAAUGGGAACAGAAGCAAAGUGUGGUGCGCCGGGUGCUGGACGAGGAGUCUGGACGAUACAGAUUAAUAAAAGGUGAAGGUGAGGUGAUAGAGGAGAUUGUGUCCCGAGACCGCCACCGGCAGAUCAACCGGCAGGCCACACAGGCAGAUGGUGCUUACUUCCAAGCAAACACUGUUGACAGGAAGAUUUAGCCAUAUCCCAUACCUUUUCUUCUUUUUCCGUAACUUUGUCCAAGUGUGAGUGUUUUUUUUUGUGACAAAUUAUGUUAGAACAUA